AUGAACGCUCCUGCGGCUCCCGCAAUAGCGCCGGGAAAGAAGCCAGCUGCGACGGCCUUGGCCGGAAAGGAAGGGCAUAUAGAUUUUAUAUCAUCCAAGGACGAGGCAGGCACUGAAGAAGAGGACGAGGACAUAGAACCGGGUAUUACAAGACUCGAAGCCGUCAAAGUUGAAGUCGUAGAAGGAGAAUCCAGCCCCAAAGUUAAGGUUGCAUUAAAACUGGAAGCUUUAUCCAAGCUGCAAAUGGAGUCGUUCAGACAGGUGUACCCAAAUGGACAGCAGGAUUGUCCACAUUUGGGCAGUUGUCCAUCCAGCUUGGUCGUCAUCAAAGAGCUUAAUGGCCAUGCAGUCGCAUUUUGUAGCCGAAUAUUACAGGAGAUGGGUUCGAUGGCUUCACAGGACUCGCCGUUGGGACAACAGAUGGCGGAGCUACCAUCGUCCAAACCGAUACAUGACGAUGAAGAAGAACAGCAGAAAUUCGAAGGCAGAUUAGAACUCUCGCAGUGCAAAUGCAAAUCCGGGCACGUAUAUAUAUCUGUCGAUCCUCGAUCUGUAGCAUAGCUGGGCGUAAUUGUUGAUGCUAUGAUGCUCAUGAGGAGCAGCAGAGAUGGGCAGUAGUCCAUGACGUCGGCGAGAUGAGCAAUGUAAAGGGGAAACGGUCAUGUAAUUAAGAUAUAUAAUAUGUAAAUGACUGUAGAACAGCAGGGGAAAAGAUAAAGGCCGAACAAUGCUCCAAGACAAAUAAUGGGACGUCCAAAGAGCCAUGAACAAAGAGUACUCAUGGAAGCCAAAAAGGGAACUCAACAAGAGGAUUAAAGGGCAUCUUUAACCACUUCAUAUCCAAAAAUAUCACGCAUCAGUCUGUGUCAUUCCCCAGCAAUCCGCGGUGUAAAGCGGCAUUGCAAGCGCCGUGGUAGCCACAACGCGAAUCGUCGGCAACAAGAAAACCUGCAUCAUUGCUAUUAGCGAAUUUCAUUAGCGAUUAUAAGUAGAAGAUCAGGCCCGAAGAGAGUUGUGCAUGGACAGCCC